UCCCAAAAGCGGGAGCCGAGCGAGGCACCCAGAGCGCCGCAGUUCCACCAUCCACCCACACCUCGGACUCAGAGAAACAGAGGAGGAGACCAAGAGAAAGUGAAGGAAGGGGCGAGCAACAGAGGAAGAUCAUGGUGGCGAUGGGCGCGGAGGAGGACGAGCGGCCCGUGCACCAGGGCUGCAUGGCCGGCUUCCUCCACCUCUUCGACCGCCCCCAGAUCCUCUCCGGCAAGCGCCUCUACCACCAGCCCCGCCGCCUCCUCUCCUCCUCCAGCGGGUCGGCGACGCCGUCGGAGAUGUCGAUGCCGCUGGAGCGGGGCUCGGAGCGGGCGACGCCGCUGCCGUCGUCCCCAGACAUGACGCCCCCUGCGGCGCCGAGGCCUUCGCUGCAGCUGCCGCCGCUGGACCUCAAGGACAGGGGCGGAGGCGGAGGCCCGGCCGCCGCGUCGUGGAGGCUGCCGCGGCUGUCGCUGGACAGCCGCGCCGUGGUGGAUGCCAGGGGGAAGCUACGCCCGCGGGACAUCAGGACUUCUUCUCCUGCCGGUGCGGCCCCGCCUUCCCCAGGGAUUGGCGGCGACGAGCGCCGGUCGCCUAGCGUCGUCGCCCGGCUCAUGGGGCUCGACGCGCUGCCGCACGGCGCCGGGGACGAAGAAGAUGACGGAGCGUCCCAGAACGAGCACGUGCCCCCCAGCGGCGGUGGUCUCAGGCGGUCGGCGUCCGAGCGCGUGAGCUCGGGCACUCGCGACCCGGCCCGCUUCAGGUUCGUCGACCCCAGCUUCUUCGAGAAGCCCGCGUUGCCGCCGGUGCAUCUGCCGCAGCCGGCGCAGUCGCAGAGGCCGACAACGGCGGAGGCGGCGGCGCUGCAGAGGCGGUCGUCGCAGGAUAUGCCGGUAGCCCACCACCGGGCGGCGGCGCUGCAGAGGCGCAGCAGCCACUUCGACGCGCGCGAGGUGUUCCCGGAGCCGGCGAAGGCAGCCGCGAGCGGCGGCGCCGGGCAGGGCGAGAUCGCGCUCUACGGCGAGAUCGAGCGGCGCCUGCGCAAGCGCGGCAUCGCCGAACCGGCCAGAGAUCUUGAGACGCUGAAGCAGAUCCUCGAAGCCCUGCAGCUCAAAGGCCUCCUACAUCACCACGCUACUACUAAUCCUCCGCCGUCGAUCUCGGCGCGCAGCCAUCUGCCGCCCCCAAUCGUAGUCAUGCGCCCGUCCUCGCGCCCGCCUCAGCCGCCAUUGGCGCGCACCUCGUCUCCCACCCGGCGGUUGCGCGUCGACGUUGACAACGCCCGCCGCCCUCGUUCGCCGGACCGAGCCGCGUCCCCCGCCCGGAGCCCGGCGUCUCCGGCGAGGCGCGGCCCGCAGUCCCCCCAGCGGCGCAUCUCUCCGGCGCAAUCGCCUAAGCAGCAGCAGCUCCUCAAGAAGCCGAGCAACGCUGAGCUCCACGGCGUCCGUUCCCGCAUUGCCCGCCGCGCCGCUCACAAUGCGGCCACGCUAUCUCCUCCCGAAGACGACGGCUCCACCACGUUCUCCGACGGCGGCAGCAGCAGCUCCCUCAGCGCCAGCGCCUCCUCCCGCUGGGACUUCGAGCAGCGGGCGCGUCUCGAUGUCGACCCCAGCGCGGACCGCGGCCUGCUGGAGCGGUGCGGGAAGCUCCUUAGCAGCAUCCAGGCGUUCACCAGCGCCGGCGACGCGGCCGCCGACCAGCAACCGAGCCCGGUGUCCGUGCUCGACGCGGCGGCCUUCCUCGCCGACGAGGACUCGCCGUCGUCGUCCGGGUCGAAGCGUGGGAUUCACUUCAGAGCCGCCCCGAGACCACGGCCUGUCGCGGCGUGCGAACCGGAGGAAGAAGACGAAGAGUGGGUCCCGGAGGCCGCGUGGCUCUCGGGACCGGAGGGCUCUGCCAGCGACGACCCGGACUACGCGUACGUGGCACAAGUCGUCCGGCUGCUGCUGUCGAGCCACUCCAAAGGCCAGGACGACGUGUACGCCAUGGUGGAGAAACGCUGCCAGCGUGGCGGCGACACGUGGCAGCACCGGAGGCUCCUCUGCGGCGCGGCGGCGGAGGCGCUCGACCGGUGGCGCGCCGCACACCCGUCGGACCCCGUCGCCUGGCUCCGCGGCGCCGAGCUGGUGAAGCACGUCUGGGCCGAGGUCCAGCGGGCCAUGGAGCCGCCGGCGCCGGCCGAGGACCUGAACGACCUCACCCGCGGCGCCAUCCUGCGCGACUUGGCUGCGCCGGACCGCCGGUGGACGCCCGCCGCCGAGGCUGCCGAUGCAGUGCUGCAGAUCGAGCGGCUGCUGUUCAAGGACCUCGUCGCCGACACCAUCCGCGAGCUCGCUGACGUCGACCGCCUCCGCCUCCCACGCCGGAAGCUGGUCUUCUGAAUUCUCAUCGGUCACCGCCGCUCCCAGAAUGUGGUAGGAAAAGCUUAGAGAGUACGAUCAUUAACAGAAAAUAAUGGAGCUUUUACUCUUGGUACUGCUUCUUCCUCCACCGAGUGCUCUGUAAACUUAUUACCGUUACUGUUCUUAGGUGUGUAGUGGACGUUAAUUACGACGAUGAGACGGUGCGUUUUUAAGCCCCUCCCAAUGAAAUGAAUGAAUGGAAAUUUGAGUGCAUUUGCA